AUGGAGGAUUAUACGAGUGGAAAAUUAAAAGCCUAUGUUGAAGUUAGAGGUGGAGUAGUAAGUUUGGAUCUAAAUAGAAAAGGACUCUCCAGGGUACCUGAUGCAGUCACUGAACUGACUGAAGUGCAGGAACUUAGGCUGGAUGACAAUAACCUGACCGAAUUACCAACAAGUAUUAACAAGCUGAAAUAUCUUAUGAGGCUGCAUUUGAAUGGUAACAAACUUACAGAACUUCCUUCUGAGAUUGGUGACUUAAAGGAGCUGAGGAGUCUGGAUGUGGGAGGCAACCAGUUGGUUAGUUUACCUGCCAGUAUACAGAAGCUGAAUCAGCUUGAGUGGCUGUCCUUGUCUAAGAACAAACUUAGAGAACUGCCAUCUGAGAUUGGUGACUUAAAGGAGCUGAGGUGGCUGGAUGUGAGUAGCAACGAGUUGUUUAGUUUACCUACCAGUAUAGAGAAGCUGAACCAGCUUGACGAGGUGCACUUGAGGAGGCUGGACGUGAGUAACAACGAGUUGGUUAGUCUACCUACCAGUAUACAAAAGUUGAACCAGCUUAAGAGGCUGGACUUGAAGAGUAACAAUUUUACAGAACUGCCUUCUGAGAUUAUGGACUUAAAGGAGCUGAGGAGUCUGGAUGUUAGUAAUAACUUGUUGGUUAGUUUACCUACCAGUAUGCAGAAGCUGAACCAGCUUGAGGAGCUGGGCUCGUAUGGUAACAGACUUACAGAACUGCCUUCUGAGAUUGGUGACUUAAAGGAGCUGAGGAGGCUGGAUGUGAGGUACAACCAGUUGGUUAGUUUACCUACCAGUAUACAGGAGCUGAACCAGCUUGAGGAGCUGCACUUGUCUUGGAACAAGCUUACAGAACUGCCUUCUGAGAUUGGUGACUUAAAGGAGCUAAGGAGGCUGUAUGUAACACGCAACCAGUUGGUUAGUUUACCUACCAGUAUACAGAAGCUGAACCAGCUUGAGUGGCUGUACUUGUCUCAGAACAAACUUAGAGAACUGCCAUCUGAGAUUGGUGACUUAAAGGAGCUGAGGAGGCUGGAUGUGAGUAGCAACCAGUUGUUUAGUUUACCUACCAGUAUACAGAAGCUGAACCAGCUUGAGUGGCUGUACUUGUCUAAGAACAAACUUAGAGAACUGCCAUCUGAGAUUGGUGACUUAAAGGAGCUGAGGAGGCUGGAUGUGAGUAGCAACCAGUUGUUUAGUUUACCUACCAGUAUACAGAAGCUGAACCAGCUUGAGGAGCUGCACUUGAAUGAUAACGAACUUGCAGAACUUCCUUCUGAGAUUGGUGACUUAAAAGAGCUAAGAAGUCUGGAUGUGAGAAACAACCAGUUGGUUAGUUUACCUACCAGUAUACAGAAGCUGAACCAGCUUGAGGAGCUGCACUUAAAUGGUAACAGACUUACAGAACUGCCUUCUGAGAUUGUUGGCUUAAAGGAGCUGAGGAGUCUGGACGUAAGUCACAACCAGUUGGUUAGUUUACCUACCAGUAUACAGAAGCUGAACCAGCUUGAGGAUCUGUACUUGUCUCAUCAAAAACUUGCAGAACUUCCUUCUGAGAUUGGUGACUUAAAGGAGCUGAGGAGGCUGGAUGUGAGUAGCAACCAGUUGUUUAGUUUACCUACCAGUAUACAGAAGCUGAACCAGCUUGAGGAGCUGCACUUGAAUGAUAACGAACUUACAGAACUUCCUUCUGAGAUUGGUGACUUAAAGGAGCUGAGGAGGCUGGAUGUGAGUAGCAACCAGUUCUUUAGUUUACCUACCAGUACACAUAAGCUGAACCAGCUUGAGGAGCUGGACUUGUCUGGUAACAGACUUACAGAACUGCCUUCUGAGAUUGGUGACUUAAAGGAGCUGAGGUGGCUGGAUGUGAGUCACAACCAGUUGGUUAGUUUACCUACCAGUAUACAGAAGCUGAACCAGCUUGAGGGGCUGAACUUGUCUGGUAACAAACUUACAGAACUGCCAUCUGAGAUUGGUGACUUAAAGGAGCUGAAGUCGCUGGAUGUGAGUGGUAAUCCUUUAUCUAUGGAUGCAAUACAGCUUCUAGAGAUGAAGAAAAAGGGAAUGACCGGUUCGGUUAUUACAGGUGGGUGUGGGAAUAAUUUUCAAUGAAAUUGUCAUCAAUAAGACGGUUUUUAGGAUGGUACUUUUAUCAUUUAUAGAUGGAAAAUAUUUCAAUUUAAAUAGUGCCAUUAUUUUUGUCUUUGUUUUUUUAAAGACCUACCAGUAUUUCAAUUUUGCAAACGAAACCUUCCUUCAUACUUUGUGUAGUUAGUUGUUAAUAGUUUCAGAUGAAACUACUCACUGUGGCAUUUGCUUGACUGCUAUCAAAAACCUGAGCAUCAGUGGGGAAAAGUUUGGGUCGAAUUUUUGGCACAAAUACGUGUAGUUAAAACUCUUUUUACUUUCUAGGCUAUCCAGAGUACUUUUAUAUCUUUAGAAAUGCAUUGCAAUCGGCGCUACAGAAUUUGAAUCUGUUCAGUCUAGCCUGCGUGGCAGGCGGCGCAGAAAGGGGAGGCGGGGGAGGGUUCGGUCAGAAAGGGGGGAGCAGGAGUGGCGCAGUGGAGAGAGCAUUCGCCUCCCACCAAUGUGGCCCGGGUUCAAAUCCCGGCGUCGACGCCAUAUGUGGGUUGAGUUUGUUGUUGGUUCUCUCCCUUGCUCCGAGAGGUUUUACUCCGGGUACUUCGGUUUUCCCCUCUUCUCAAAAGCCAACAUUUCCAAAUUCCAAUUCGACCAGAAAUCAGGUAGACGAAGAACCACUAUGUGGAGGUGCUACCUGCAAAUCGUUAUUUAUUUAUUUAUUUAUUUAUUUAGGGGGAGGGAGAAAAGCGCGAAAGCGGGGAAAAGGGAAGGGAGCCCCUUACCAACUCUCCUCAAUCCCCCUUCCCUUUUUCCAUUCCCCCCUAUCCCCUACCUUUUUCGAAGCCUGCUACGUAGGCUAGUUCGGUUAUCCUAGGGCAACUUAAGUCUUUUCGAAAUUACAAGGGCUUCAGUAUUAUUUUCCCGACAAUUUUAGGUGCAAUUUAAAGUUUUACGAAAGUAAGAAUUCUCUCGGAUUCGAAAAUGUGAUGGACCAUCACAUUUUCGAAUCCGAAAAUUUUAGGUUUCCUUUUCCUACGAAAAAUUGCUUAACCUGGGGAGUGAAAUGCGCGAGAUUAAACUUUACAAAAUCGUAGGGAAUUUAUUAGAUAAGACGCUUCGAAAAUUGUAAAUGAAUGGAGUGGUCAUCUAGAAAGUUUUAGCCUUCCUUUCCUUAAGCUAUAGAAAAUUUAAGGCACUUUUUGCCUCCCCAAACAGAUAUUUACGGAAAAAAGUCAUUGGGUGCCCCUGAUUAUUGAAUGAGGGUGAGUAUGAUGUGAAGAAGUUUGCGGAUCGACGAGGAUUUUAGGUGGAUAACAGCCUCCGAGAUCUGCAUAAUUCUUCACAUCAUAUGAAAGCCGCUUCUAAUUUUGGGCUGACGUAACGUACAAAUGUCUGAUUACCACUGUAGGGCAGAUGCAGUUAUGCGUGAGUCAAUUCCAGCUGCGCCCAGCGCCCCCCUUCUCCCGGGCUGAACCCCGGGCAUUAGCAUUUUUUUGCCUUGGGUGGCAAAUUCCCGGGGGUGGGGACUCUUGAGCUGUCAAAUCCCCCGGGGUGGGAACGAAAAAAGAGGGCAAAUGCCCCGUCCUCCGUCAACACUGCAACAUUUUCGUUGAUCGCACAGUCGAGGAGUACCAUUUUAAGCUUUUUAAUGUGCGAUUUUUUGUUUCAAUUAACGUCUUCCUUUGUAAUAGUGCUAGUCUAAUUAAGACUUCACGCCGUGACGAGACCAGUUUAUGGUUUUAGUAUUGUUAUAAAAUUAUUGACAUUAACAUUAACAGUGCGCAGUAAAGUUAACUGCUAUGAAUAGGUUUAUAAAUAUGAAAGGAUGUUCUUCAAAUAAUAUCAAGAGAAACUUGAUUUAGUAACCCAAAAAACGUUGAUUCAUGUCGAUAGCUUCCGAGUUUCGCUAUGUAAUUCUGGCUUGAUAAGCGGAAGAAAUUCAUGCAUAAAAUCGAGAACAUGUCUUUACAAACCUCUUCAGUUUUUUCCUGUCCUUGACAAAUGAGCCAAUCUGGUUAUUUUCCAGUAAAAUCCUCUGUGUAGUUAUAUUCUGAUAGGAAACCGUGUGCGUGUCAAAAGCUCGGGGUUGGCCCCGGGGUUGGCAAAUGCCCGGCCCCCGGGCAGCGCAAGAUUUGCAAAUGCCCCACCCCCGGGACUGACAUGGCGGGCAAAUUCCCCGCAGUAGCCCGGGGGGUGGGGGCUGGGGACAGCUUGAUCUUCUGUGGCACCCAGUUCUCAGGGGAUGGGGUACUCCGGAUUUCAAGUUACGGGGAUGUUCGAAUGCGGACAAAAAUCAACCCUCCCCCCCCGAAAAAAAAUCCAUAGGGUUUCUUACAAAACCCACAAAAUCCCUGCACAAAAAUUACCCCUUCCCCCUCCCGCCAAAAAAAAAAACAUGGCAAGAGAGACCUUGUACCCGGGCACCGGCACCGUACCCGAAUUCUAGCGUGGGUAUGCUUGAAAAAAGAGUGUGUUCACAUUAGUGCCCAGCGAGUACCGUACAUUGGCACCAAGUGUGAACGCUGCAUUACUCUUCCGCGUGCAACAAAGGAAAUAGGACACGUGUGCCGGCACGCGGGCCAUUUGUUCCAUUGAUGUCGAAUUCCGAUUUUAAUAAAACAGAACAGUUUGUUGUGUCGGCAUAAAAACUGAAGGUUUCUGGUAUGCUGUAUACGUAGACAUACAGACAUAUUCAGGUUUAUCCUAAUUUAUCUUAUCAUUGCAUCUUAUGUUCCGCAAGGAGUAAUGAGGAUGUCUUCCUUCAAACAAACUGCUGAAAGUGGAACCCUUUCAAAAGUGGUUGAGACAGUGUUACCUGUAAAAGCCGCCAAAGAAGAGGUUGUAGUAGAGCCUGAAGAUGAAACUGAAGUUGAAGACAAUACUUAUGUCGGCGAAAGCAGAAGUGUUGUUACAGAGUAAGUACUGUUUGAAUAAAAAUUCAGUGGAACGUCUGACGACGGCAACGGCAGCAAAAAGUUACGUACUAAGUACAUUUGCAUGUGUAACUGCGGUACCUCUGAGGCGUUGCCAGUCGACCUCUGCUGAGUCGUUUUUCAUCAUCAUCAAGUGCCAUCUGCUAGUAGUAGAUCGGCUAUCAUGGAUCUCCAGCUGCUCCGAGUCGUUUUUAACGCGUCGAUUUUCGAAACUGGUGAUAAAAGAAGGCCUAUGGAUAACAAGCUUGAACAUUUUACCCCCCAAAAGUGGCAGUGAAACAUUCUUGUUCAGCGGGAGAUCAGAUACCGUGACGUCUCGUCUUCAAUAGUUUUCCUUUUUCAUCCUUCCACACCAGUGAUCGGGGAAAUCGACCUUUCUUCUCCGGAGAGCGUUAUUUAAAAACUUGCUUUUUAGUGCGUGUGUAAUUCUGAUAUGAGUUAUAUCUGUAGACGGAAGACUAAUUCCACCGAAAAAGAUGCUUUUUCAAAGAGCCGAAAAAGGCGUCUGCUCUCGCAGGUUUAGAUACGUGUGGACGGGGCCUAAUGUUUUUAAUGUCUUUUAUUUUUUGCACGGGUUGCGUGCACCGUGUGCACUCUUCAUCUACAACAUAAGUUUUGAAUUUCCAGCGUGUGCGAGACCCAUUAGGAUUACAAGUACGUUCUUUUCACAAUGUUUGAUUUUUUAUCUAAAACAAUUAUCUGGCUAGUCAGAUUCAUCGAAUACCCCUUGGAAAAGUGUUGUGCUCACCGUAACAGUACUAAGCAUAAUUAUACGUCGUAGACGAACAUCCGACUGAACGUCGCAGUCAAAAUUUACUAAAGGUUCUGUUUUUUCAAUAAAAUAUUGUUUGAAAUCCGACAACGACAGACUUUGUUUAGUUUCUUUGCUCAACGCUAAGGGUAGGGUAUCCUAAUUUUGGAGGAUAAAAGCAGCUAAGAGUUGAUGUUAAAUAAUAUAGUUAACAUUAUAUUAUAUUUAUAUUCUAGUGCGACGAUUUUUCUGUCUUGAAAUCGUCAUAGAGAAGAAGACUAACAUUGACCCCGGCACUGCGCGAAAAAAAAAACAUUAUUGUCCAGUCUCUGUCCCCUAUCCCCCAAAAAUCUUUACUUAUUAUAUUCCUUAUUUAUUGUAGAUUUUACUCGAACCUUGAACUAGUGAAAGCUGUGUUUUGAAAACAACCGACUAUUAAAAUUUUGGCUCAUUGCAGAAAAGUAGUGACCAGUGAAGGUACCCGCUGGGCCCUCAAACUAGGGGCUGUCCAUCUUAUAUUCCAUCCAAAUGCUGUGUCUGAGCCUACGUCAAUGGUGGUCUACAGAUGGAAGUCCAGUGUCGGCUCACCCCCGCUGCAGGAACACGAGGCCAUUGUCAGCAAUGUUAUUGAACUAUCUUCCCUCGAUGGCCGACGCCUGCAAUUCAAUACCAUGGUGACUUUGUCGCUUUCUCACAGCGCACCGGACCUACGGGGCUACGAAGUGGUGAUAAAACGGCAGAUCAACAAGGAGACCAAUGAAUGGGAAGACGUGAGUGGAACCAAGGACUUACGCUGUCGCCAAGGUAUAGAAAUUUUCUCUAUGUAGUAGACUUAUGGCAACUAUAGAGAACCGUUUGGCAGACCCUGUUUCCCUAAGCGGGAGGCGGUGUACGUCAUCCGUAUUGCUGAAGGGUUUCUUUUGUUUUGUUUUUUUGAGAUAGUGUCCAUAUCAAGUGUUGCAGUUGCGAUUGCGCUCUCGAUCUGAAUCUUAUUUCCAGUCUUGAUUUCUAUAACGUCAGUCUUUUUUAGAUGGCAAAGGAAGUAAAAAAAGUGCAUAAUUAUUAUGAUAGUUACAUUUUACUUGUAUUUUUUAUCGGUAGCAGACAUCGAAGAUGAGCGCCCUUCUCACAAGGAUAUACCAGACCUUUUAUUCCCCGUUGCUCAAGCUGACAUAAAUGAGUGCUCGACAUAUGCAGUGGUUUGCCGUCUCAAAUCUUCUCCGCCUUACAGCAUCACAUCUACUGGCGGUUUAUUCACUCAUCCUGAUUAUCCAGGCGUGACGGUUACAGUCCCCGAGAAUGCUGUUGCACCCGAGUCACCGUUUACCCUGGAGUUAAAGGUUGGUGUGAUUAAAAAGGUACAUUUAUAAAGAAAGUAUUAUCGUAAAGGCUUUUUAAAGUGAUACGGUUUUUUUAGAAAAAUGACGAUCUAAUAAUGACCAGUUUAGAAGGCUUGACUGAAAAAUCGUUAACUGAAUAUUUGUAGCGAUCUUUUUGUUACUUAAAUUGCGUUAACUUUUUAUUUAACUUAUUGGGAAUCCACGUCAAUUUUAAAGCCUAAAGAAUACAUAAAAUUAACUGCUGAUGAUUACUCUUUUAAAUGGUACAGGUGCAAGAAGUUCCAAAUGAAGAAUUUGAAGAGGAAGGUGUAUUUCUUGGUCCUAUAGUGCGAAUUAAAUGCUCUGAGGUUGUCCAGUUCUUUAGGCCUGUAACGAUUCAGCUGCCAGUUUCUCUUCGAGACCGGCAAGACUUUAAACCAGAUCCCACUAAAUGCCAUGUGAGAGUGUUGUUCCUGAAUUGCGAGGAGGAAAAAAGAGAAUGGACUGAACUCACUGAUCUGGUGAAGCCUGCACAGUUUGACGGGAGUUUUGUUAGGAUCCAGGUCCAACGAUUUUCUGGGUAAAGACGCUAAAAAAAUCAUUUAGUUAUUUCAAGAGAGGAUAAAAAGGACAGAGAAGGCAUCCCCCAUACACACCCUAUUCUAUAGAUAAUUCGUCUCGAGUUAUUUUUAGAAUCGGGAUAAAGUUACCUCGCGCGCUGCGUGGAUGUUUCGCGGACGUUUCGCAUGACUAAACGCCGUGCAAAACAUGUCGGGCGAAAGGCAAUGAAAGCGUAAAGAGAUCGAGAACAUUUCUGAAUAUUGACGCGAAAUGAGUCGGCGCUCACCUGGGAAAAGGGAAUCGCUGGACUCUUUGACAACCCGUGAAGUCAGCUUAACUCGAAGUUGUCGUAACCUCAGUGUUUUAAUAAAAUGAGAAAUUUCGCCGGACUAUUGAAACCGGUCGUUUGUACAAUAAAGCAAGUAGGACGCCAAGUGUUAUUUUUGUUGAAUAAUAAAAGACUAAUAAAAGAAUAGAUAUCAAACCAAAAAUUGCUCUCUUCAAACUGUAAAUUAAAAAUGAUCUUGAGAGAAUAUUCAGUGUAUUAAGGAUUUCCCUGCUGUACUGUUAGCUCUAUACAAGAGACGAAGCGCUGACACCGCUUUAGUAGAAAUCUCUCCUUAGUCGUUUUUGUCGACAAAACGAAUAGCAAUAUCGCUCUCUGCGUCUUCCGCUAUUUUUUUCAGCGUCAAUUCGUGAAGGACGCGUGGUUAUGAGCGUGGGUCAUCCACGCGGAACACAUUCGCGCUAUGUGAUUGGCUGUUGUGUAAUCCCCCUUGGGAUCUGUGGUCUUAAAAAUAACUCGAGACGAAUUACCUAUGGAAUAGGGUGUGUAUGGGGGAUGCCUUCUCUGUCCCCUUUAUCCUCUCUUGGUUAUUUUGAAUAGAUGGACUUGUUUAAAAGGCACUGUUUAACGGAUCCAACAAUGGUAAGUGUUAGUCCAACUUCAUUCAUCAUUGUUGGACGCAGCAUGUUAGAUCUGUUUUGUGGUGUUUCGAUAUAGUUUUUUAGAGGCUAUACCGAUAUUUUUCAAUCGCUUUAAAAAUGAUUUUAUCCUUGUCUGAUCGCUAUAAAAUUUUAAAUAAUGAUUGACUAUAGCUUGAAAUUUGUUAAAAUGUAGGUUUUAGUAAAAUUGAUAUUACUAUGACAACAAUAAACAAAAAACUUUGAAAUUGAUAAACGCCCAAUUUUGCGCGAUCUAGACCAGCUACUGAAAAUCCAGCCCUAGGAACUUAAAGUUUGGUGUUUAGCAAACAACCUCCGAAAGAAGUAAAAAAUUCUGUAUGUUUGAAUUCGACUAAAACGAAAGUAUAUUUCAAGCCUUAAAUUUUCAAUAGCCGUGAUAGAUUAUUUAGUGAAAACGUUAGAAAUGACUCAGAUUACUCCUAAGUAGCGUCAGAAUGCUGCUUAAUAUCAUAUUUCGAUGCUAAUUUUGCUAAUUUUUCCAAAUUAAUGCGGACAAUACAUAUAUCCAUGACUAGUAUGUUUCAGUGUGAGUAUUGUCAAUGUUUUAAAUUCAAAAGAUGCGAUAAAUUCAAAGUAAAAUUUACUAGUCAUGGAGGUUAGUAUAGUGCGCAAUAUUUUGGAAAAAUGAGCAUAACUUCAAAACAGUGAAUGUUGUAGCGCUGAUUUUUGACAGGUUCGUAGGAUAGGUUUGUCUUGAAAUUUUAAGAUGUUGCAGUGAAUCAAUCUCAAUGAAAGUUUCAGACCUUUUUAUAUACAUUAUGAAGAUUAUGUGAAAAGGUUUUUAAAAAAAUUCUUCGCGUCGUUUUAGAGAUAUACAAAAAAGCGCUAAAAAUCCAAAUUUUGAAUUAAGUUGCGCUUAUACAGGUGGUGAGAAAACGGGUUAGUUUUUAAGAUCGCAAGAACGAAAAUACACCAAAAUUUCCUACCAACGAACUUAGAUAUUAGGGAACUUAAGAACCACGACGACGGCUUGGUCGACGACGACCGGAAGUGAGUUACACUGUACUGCGCAAGCGCGACCAGUAAAUUUCGUCGUCGUGGUGUCGUCGACGACGCCAAACAAAGUAGAAUCACGUCGUCCUGUAAUCCACAAGCUUCGGCAGGUAUAACUCGACUGUUUUAAGCGAUUUUUGAAGGCCUUUGCAUUUUCUUGUCCUCCUAAAUCCAGGUGUCGUUCCUUUUUUCUCCUAACAAGCGAUGUUGAUUGAAAAUUCGACUAAUGAACUGAUUUUACUUUGAAGAAUGACAACAGCUGAGGAGGCCGAGCGAGCGAACUCGUAAGUGAAUUGUGAUAAAUUUAUUUGUACGUAUUUAGGUAAGGCAAAUCACAUAUCUUUAAUAUAGAGGAAAUAAACUUUAUAUGGAAAACAGCUAUCACAUCAGAAUGUCUCUUUUUCGAAAUCUAAACUCUGACAGACACUCGGACUCGGUCAUCUCAUUCAAGUUGAAAGUUGAAUAAUUUCGUACGGAAAGUAGGUGUAUUUCCACUCGAAAAGGUCAGACAACACAAAAAAUUUUUCAUCGUCAAUGAAAUUAGACGUACGGCUUGAACAAAUAAGAUCUUGCAUUGUUUUGAAAGACGCCAUUGCGAAAAGCUUCGUUGCGAACGAACGUCACAGUUUUAUGUCUGUGUUUACAUUCAGUGUCGUCGUCGUCGACCGACGGCAUCUUAACUUUCCUUUUUUCCGCCGAAACUGACGUUCUCGUUCCAGUCUUUUCCCAGUCAACAGACGUCGUCGUCGUGAACUUCGUCGUGGUUCUUAAGUUCCCUAUUAAGCAGCAUUCUGACGCUACUUAAGAAUAAUUUGAGUCAUUUAUAACGUUUUUAUUAAAUAAUCUAUCACGGCUAUUGAAAAUUUAAGGUUUGAAAUAUAUUUUCGUUUUAGUCGAAUUCAAACAUACAGAAUUUUUUACUUCUUACGGAGAUUGUUUGCUAAACACCAAACUUUAAGUUCCUAGUGUUGGAUUUUCAGUAGCUGGUCUAGAUCACACAAAAUUCGGCUUUUAUCAAUUUCAAAGUUUUUUUGUUUAUUGUCGUCAUAGUAAUAUCGAUUCUACUUAAAACUACAUUUUCACAAAUUUCGAUCCAUAGCCAAUUACUGGUGAAAAUUUGUAUGGCGAUCGGAAAAAACCACUUCUAAUGCGAUUGAAAAAUAUCGGUAUGGCCUCUGAAAAACUGUAUCGAAACACCUUAUGGUGUUGGAUGCUGUUGGAUCGAGUUUGACUUCGCCUAUCCGCAGACGUUUUCUCUUCGACAGCGCGCGCCUGUUUUCUCCUUUCCCCACCUCUACCCCAAACCCGUUGCGCUUGAACACAAUAAAUUCCCCUGCGGUUUUUAUUUCCUUAUGUGAGCUCGACGAUCUACAAAGAGAAAAUUGAUGGUCUGUGUACAGGCUCGAUUUGCGUGAGUUAAACCCGUAAACUGGUAUGCGAUGGACCAUGUCACAACUUGGAUUAAACAAAGUCCCCAUAUGACAUAUUGGACUGUUUUAGGUUAAGGUUUUUGGAUUUGUUUGGAAGCUCAGUUUAAUAAGGAGUAGGUGUUUAGGUAUUCUGGAAAAUGCAUCCAGGAAGUUACCAAAAAUGACAGUUUUUCUUUUAAAACUUUAUUUCUUAUGCUCUCUCCUGCUCAGGGUAGAUAUUACUCAGGUGGUUUGCACAAAAUUGAAACUCAAACAAUAUUUUCCAAGUCUUCUCAUUCUAGUGGUGGAAAAGAGGUUGACGGCUCAUGAACAAAGUGCCUACUGGCUUUUUUUUCACUCAACACGUUAAGAUAAGCUCUUUCUAGUUUCCCUUUUCAAAUGUAUUUGCACUCCUUUUGGUAGUUUAAUCGUUAUAUCAGACGGCGAUUACGUAGCACAGCUUAAAUUUUAUCUGUGCCAUUUAAAGGGUCAUAGCAACUCCCUUUACUCUGGUUCUCACUCUUUAAUUUUUGGUUCUUCCAGAUAUUCCUUUUUUUUGGACCGGCGUCCAGAAAACACCAGUGUUGAAAGACUUGGAAUUAUUAGGUACAUUUGUUACUUGACGAGAUUCAUAUGGAAGCCGCCCAGAGGAGCAAGUUUCGUUGCUUACUUUCGUCCGCAUAUUCCAGAGAUUUUGCACCUUAUUUGUUGUCAUAGUCACCUUACAGAAGCGGUAAUACAGGAUCUUAAAGAAACAGACGUAACGUAUGGUGAUGGCAGUUCGAGACAAGUUAUGAUACCAGGAGAGGACAAAGCAUUUGUUUUUGUAUCAGGAGGAAUGUGUCCAUUCAAUGAUGAGGACGUGAAUGAUGUUUUCCUCUGGUAAGCUUUUUUUAUACAUCACAUACCCAUGCAAGAACAAGGCCAGGAGCGCAUCCCAUCUUUCAAUAAUGAUUUGGAGGUAGAACAUCCACAAAGUGAUUCUUCGUCCACCUGAUUCCUGGUUGAAUUGGAAUUUGGAAAUGUUGGUUUUUGAGGAAAUUGAAAAAUCAUGAAAACUGAAUAAUCAUGCGAAUAGGUGGUUAAGCAUCCUUUUGACUUCGGCAGCAAGUUCUUUGAAGAUUUUUUUAUUAAUACCACGUGUAACGUAUGGCUGAUGCACGCGCUGGUACAAUAUUACACGUAAAGAAGACGUCUCUCAAUUUUUAAGAGGUACCCGGCCUCAUGUUGCAAGCAACUGUUGGACGCCAGCAUGUUUUUUGCCUACCUAGUUGAUUCCGAAUUCAUCCCAGCAGAGAAAGAAAAACAUGCAAAUUGAAUAGGUCAGGACUUUGUCUUCUAUAUUUGUUAAGCUUACUGUUAGGUAACCGUUAUUACAGCAUGGAUAUCUUUGGUUUACAUUUAAACAGGUUAUUAGAAGACGUGUUCAAGACUGAAUUACGAGUUCGUGUCGUUAAAGACGAAAACCUAGCAGAAGUAGAGUUCCAUAACACCUCGAUACCUACAGGAAGAACGAGUCUGUUGUGUAAAAUUCACUUGCCCAUCCAGAACAUUCCACGUGCGGUUAGUAUUACUACUAUCGGCUAAAACAUUUUAUAGACAUUAGCCUUCUGUAAAGUGUGGCGAUGACGAUCACAACGGUGAUGAUGAUGAUGAUUUAUUGCAGUGUAUCCAGAGGGCAGCUAUACAUCUGCCAUAAUAACUAGGAAACUAUUAAAAAACAUAAGCCUAUAAUAUAAUGUAAAUACCGUAGAUACCAAAAUACGAUAAAUAAUAUGAAAAAUGCUUUAGAAAACGAAGGAAAUAGUGGUAGAUUGAGGCUCAACCUAGGCGAAUAUGGCAUAUUCGACAUCAAGAAACCUUGUUUUGUCAGUCUUAUGAGUCAGUGAGUUAUUGUAAUUGUAAUUUGUUUACCCACGGAGCUCUUAGGAGUUCACAAGAACUCGUUGAAACGUUUCCGUGCGUUCCUGAUCGAAUUGGAAUUUGGAAGUGUUGGUCUUUAAGGACAGAGGAAAACCGGAGUACCGGAGAAAACCGUCUCGGAGUAAGGGAGAGAACCAGCAAGAAACUCAACUGGUUAUGGAGAGAACCAACAACAAACUCGGUAUGAGUUAGGGUUAGGGUUAGGGUUUGAGUUGGGGUUCGGGUGAGGGUUAGAGCUUAAGGUUAAGGUUUGUGUUCGCGUUUACGUUAGUUUUAGGGUGAGGUGACUCAUACACAUUCAAUUCUCGCCAUAUUCAGGUACGUUGAACGUCUUUAAUUAACGCGUAUACCGUCUGUAUUGCGGUGUGCGCCUUUUUUCCACUCAACAUGGCUUUGUUUUGCUACUUAAGUUGACAUCAUCUUUAAUUUGAUGGAAUCAGGUUUUACAAAUGUUGGUUCAAACUCUUUCUUUUUUUUAAUAUACAAUGUUGGUUUGCUUUCAGAAAUUGCAUUCAGCCUUUUCUGGUAUAACACAACGUCAUGCACAGCCUUCAAUCUUAAAAGUUUGCCUCCUGGCUGAUGAGUGGGGGUCAUCUAAGGGUGGCUUGUCAACAAUCAACAGAACGCUUGCCAUACAUUUGGCAAAACAACCAAACGUAGAAGUAACUAUUAUUGUACCUCAAUUUGAGUGCGGUGAAGAUGACAAGAGAGCCGCCAAGGCUCAUAACAUUUCCAUCAUGGAAGUACAUCGUCGCCCUGGCUUUAGUGAUCCUCUUGAUUGGUUGAGCUUUCCACCAAGAGACCUUGACAUUCAACUCGUGAUUGGUCAUGGUGCAAAGCUGGGUAAACAAGCUCAAUUCAUCCAAGAGUCUCAUUGUUGCAAGUGGGUGCAGGUAGUACACACCGAACCUGAAGAGCUAGCAAUGUAUAAGAACUAUCCUGGCGCAAUUACCAAGGGAGAAGGAAAGAACAGAGCUGAAGUUGAGCUGUGUCAACUUGCAGAUCUCGUUGUGGCAGUUGGGCCCAAGUUGACAGAAGCAUUCUCGUCCUACUUGCGUUCAUCUCACCAAGAUGUCUUCCAGCUGAUGCCAGGCACCUUUAAAGAGUUUUCAGAUGUUGAGCAUGCUACUACGCGAGCGAGUGCGAAGUUCAAGGUGUUAACCUUUGGCCGUGGUGAUUUUGAAGACUUCAGUCUCAAAGGAUACGACAUUGCCGCUCAAGCAAUAGUUGAAUUGAAGGACAGUUCUUACCGUCUUAUCUUUGUUGGUGUACCUGAUGGAAAGCAGGAUGAAGUCGCGGAAAUCUUAUGCCAGACGGGCAUUUCAAGAAAGCAGUUGUUUGUCAGGUCAUUCGUGAAAGAUAAGCAAAGAUUAGAAGAGUUGUUUUGUGAAGUUGAUGUGGCCAUCAUGCCUUCAAGAACUGAGGGAUUUGGCUUGACAGCUCUGGAAGCCAUGUCAGCCGGUCUCCCCAUUCUAGUAAGUGGAAACUCUGGAUUUGGAGAAGCACUGCGUUGUCUUCCAAUGGGUAUGUCAUUUGUGAUUGAUUCGGAUGACCCCAAGGAAUGGGCAAAGGCAAUAGCAGCUAUCCAACAAAAAUCUAGGGCACAGCGGCUUGAGGAAAUCCAAAGACUUCGAAGAAGUUAUGAAGAGAGAUUCAGUUGGGAGAGACAGUGCAAAUCCCUUGCUGACACGAUGUGGAAGAUGGUUUAUGGUAAGAAAUCAAAUUUGAUUUUCCCCGGCUACUAA